AUGGCUCUAAAACUUGACAUGAGCAAGGCAUAUGACAGAGUCGAAUGGAGCUUUGUGCCUACAGUAAUGUCCAAGAUGCAGUUCCCUCAGCAAUGGAUUAACACCAUACAAAAUUGCCUUAAGCUCAGUGUCUUGCUCCAUCCUUUCUUGACUUCCAUAUUGAAUAGAGCUGAGAGAAGUAGGGCUUUAACACCUGUUCAAAUUGGGAGAGGUCCAAUCUCAGUAAGCCAUCUAUUCUUUGCAGCUAACAACUUUAUGUUUUGCCAAGCUAACACUGAGGAGCUCAAUUGUGUUCUUAAUAUCCUUAAUCUUUAUGAAAGGGCCUCGGGUCAGGUGUUGAAUAAAGAAAAAUCCUCAAUCUUUUUUAGCAAGAAUACCAAACCUGUCACCCAACAAAAGGUCUUGCAGUUGGUAGGACUAAAAUCAUCUGGGGCUUUUGAAAAAUACUUGGGAUUGCCUACUUUUGUGGGAAGAGCAAAAGUUUCAGCAUUCCAUUCCCUUGUGGAUAGAACAUGGUCUCGAGUAGCAAAUUGGAAGACAAAGCACCUUUCUGUAGCGGGGAAAGAAACUCUCCUUAAAGAAGUUCUCCAAGCAAUUCCUAUAUAUGCCAUGGGGAUGUUUCUGCUUCCAGUCUCUAUCAUCAGAAAACUGAACCAACUGCUUAGGAAAUUCUGGUGGGGUUUUAAUGAAGAUACAUCUAAAAUUAAGUGGGUUUGUUGGGACAAAAUCAGUACUAACAAGGAAUCUGGAGGCCUUGGCUUCAGGGAUUUUAAAAAGUUCAACUUAGCUCUAUUAUCGAGGCAAGGGUUGAGGAUUAUACAGAAUCCAAACUCUUUGGUGUCCAUGGUUCUUAAAUAG